AUGAAGCUCUGUUUCCUUUCCCUUUUCCCCUUGUGGGCAGACAUCGCGUCUGCUACUAUCACCGCCACCGAAUCCAGCUCCAGCAUCAAUGUCAAAAACGACCGUCUGACUUUCUCAGUUAGUAAAAGCGCCGGCACGAUCAACACUCUCACUCUUGACGGCCAGGAUCUGUUGGGCUCCGGCGGUCGACUAUACCUUGACUGCCACUGCGACAGUGGCUACUGGAACGGGGGCUCAUUCCAGCUCUACAAGGGCACCGACAAGUCGGGAACUGCAUACGCCGGUGUGCGAAUCUCGGCCAAAGUCGAUAGCGGCAGAACCUUCGAGUCGUACUAUUUCUUGAGAGAUGGCGAGACCGGCCUUCACACCUUUGGCCGCGCCGCCUACCCUAACGGCGGUGGUCUCGGGGAAAUGCGAUUCUUGUUCCGACCCAGCACGACCAUCUGGAAUCACCUUUCCUCGUCUGAUGAGAUGUGGUCGGUGUUGCCAACGGAUGCUGGGCGGACGACUGUCCAAGACACGACAUACCGCAUCUCCGGAGACGGCAUCAACGCCAAGUACCGCACUCAGAUGUCGGAUUACUUUUCCAAGUACAUGUUCGCCGAGUCCUGGGAGUAUCACACCCACCACGGUCUAUUUUCCGACGGCCAGGGCACCCGGGAUGGUUCUACGUACGGGGCUUGGCUGGUCAUGAACACCAAAGACACGUACUAUAACGGUCCGAAGUGGUCUGAUCUGACCGUGGACGGCAUUGUCUACAACUACAUUAUUUCGAAUCACCAUGGGAAUGGCAAUCCUGACACCCAAAAGUUUGACCGCACCUUUGGCCCGCAAUACUAUUAUUUCAACAAGGGCCCAAAGGGCUCUUCGGUUAACGACCUCCGCAGCGACGCCGGUCGGUUUGCCGAUCCCAGCUGGAACGCCGACUUUUACGACUCCAUCGCCCAGCACGUUCCUGGCUAUCUUCCUACCUCUGGCCGCGGGACCUGGAAUGGCCGAAUUCAUCUUCCGGACGGAGUCACAAAGGCGAUCGCAGUUCUCGCGAGCAACGGACGGGACUUUCAGGACAAUAACUUGGCCACCAAAGCCCGGCAAUACUGGGGCGAGGUCAGCCCCAACGGCGAGAUCACCAUCCCUCGGGUCGCCGCUGGCACAUACCGCCUAACCGUCUACGGAACCGGCAUAUUUGGUCAGUACAUCCAGGACAACGUCGUUGUUAAAGCGGGAGCCGCAACCACAACAACAGCAACAUGGACUCCCGAGUCCGCCGGAACCGAGCUCUGGCGCAUCGGAACACCGGACCGGAGCAGCGGCGACUUCCGGCACGGCAGUGAGCGCGAUACGACGAGGACUAACAAGCCGAACCAAUACCGCCUGUAUUGGGCCGUCCACGAUUUUCCCAAGGAUUUUCCCAAUGGUGUGAACUUUCACGUAGGAAAAAGCGACAUCAAGCGGGACUUCAACUACAUGCAGUGGAGCGUCUUUGGCGGCAAGGGAAACUCGAUCCGGCCGGAUCCGUACUACACCAACGUCAACGCUUGGAAUGUCACGUUCGAUGCUACAUCUGAUCAGCUGGAAGGCAAGAAACAAGCUACUCUGACCAUCCAACUUGCCGGUGUCAAGACCUCGGCCGGCAACACCGAUGACACGGGCAAGGCGUUUGCUAAUUUAGAUUACACCGUCACCGUCAACGGCCGAGCUCUUCCGGUUUGGACCAUUCCUGCCAACCACAGCAGUUCCUGCGGCGCGAGAUCCGCCGCUAGCUGCUACAACACACGCAACCUAUGGACCUUUGAUGCCAGCUAUCUCAAGCAGGGCUUGAACACUUUCACGCUCGCUCUCCCCGCUCGGGCCACCGCGCCGGAAAGUGCUGUGCUUCCGGAGAGUGUCUAUCUGCAGUAUGACGCGCUGAGGUUGGAGGUUGCCUAA